AUGGCCGGCGAGGAGCCGCAGAAGUUCCUGGCGCCCGACGAGCCCGGCGCCAUCCUCUCGCCGCUGCCCCGCCACCCGCCCGGCUUGGGCGACGAGGGCCCGGCCUGCCUGGACGUCAGCGACUUCGGCUGCCACCUCUCCUCCUGCCACCGCACCGACCCGCUGCGCCGCCUGCACGCCCACAGGUGGAACUUAACGUCUUGUGGCACGAGCGUAGCCAGCUCCGAAUGUAGUGAGGAGCUCUUCUCUUCGGUUUCUGUGGGCGACCAGGAUGACUGUUUCUCUCUCUUGGAUGACCAGGAGUUGACCUCUUUCGACCUGUUCCCUGAGGGGAGUGUCUGCAGUGACGUCUCUUCCUCCAUUAGCACAUACUGGGACUGGUCAGAUAGUGAAUUUGAAUGGCAGCUGCCUGGCAGUGACAUUGCAAGUGGGAGUGAGGUGCUGUCUGACAUAAUUCCCAGCAUCCCAAGCUCCCCUUGCCUGCUUCCAAAAAAGAAGAACAAACACCGGAAUCUCGAUGAACUUCCCUGGAGUGCGAUGACCAACGAUGAGCAGGUGGAAUAUAUUGAAUAUCUGAGUCGGAAAGUCAGCAUGGAAAUGGGCCUUCGAGAGCAGCUUGACAUUAUUAAAAUUAUUGAUCCGAUGGCUCAGAUUUCGCCCACAGACAAUGAAUUUAUUAUCGAACUGAACUGUCUCACGGAUGAAAAGCUGAAACAGGUCCGAAAUUACAUCCGGGAGCACGGCCCUCGGCAGCGGUCGGCCAGGGAGACCUGGAAGCGGAGCAGCUACAGCGGGGGCAGCGCCAGCGGCGUGAGCGGCGUGAGCGCCAGCAGCAGCAGCGCCAGCAUGGUCAGCUCAGCCAGCAGCAGCAGUUCGAGCAUUGGGAACUCGGGUUCGAAUUCCAGCGCCAACCUCAGCCGGGCUCACAGUGAGAAUAACUUAUCGACGAGUGCUGCAGCAGAACGUAUUCGGGAUUCAAAAAAACGCUCCAAGCAGCGGAAACUUCAGCAGAAGGCUUUGCGGAAGAGGCAGCUGAAAGAGCAGCGCCAGGCGCGGAAGGAAAGGCUGAGCGGCUUGUUCCUGAACGAAGAGGUCUUGGCGCUAAAAGUGACGGAGGAGGACCACGAGGGAGACGUGGAUGUUUUGAUGUGAGAUAGGAAUGUAGUGAUCAGUGUUCUUUCUAAGCCUUAAGCUUCACGCGAUUGUUUACAUACACUU